AUGUACUCGCACCGCGGCAUGGGAGCUGUGCCUCCCGGCAAUGCUCGCCUGAACGAGCUGCUUGAGCAGAUCAGAGCCGAGUUCGACAGCCAACAGCGCCAGACUGAGAGCUUUGAGCAUCAGAUCUCAGCGCAAGUCAGUGAAAUGCAGCUCGUACGAGAGAAAGUCUACGCCAUGGAGCAAACGCAUAUGACGCUCAAGCAAAAGUACGAGGAGGAAAUCAACAUGCUGCGGCACCAGCUCGAACUUGCUCGUAAGGGAGCUCCGCAGUCUGGUCUGCAAGGACCUCCUCAACACGCAGGGCCGUCUCAGCAACCCCCAUCGAUUGCUCCUGGAAACGGCCUCUUCAGCGGCAUCAUGGCCGGUGGCAACCAAGGAGGUCUGGCGCCGCCGCAGCCUCAGGCCACUCCCCAGGAUCAGCAGAUGGGCCCUCACCACCACCAGAUGGCUCAGGGACCCCCAGGACUGCCAGUGCCGCCUCCCCACCCCAACGCGCAGCAGCAGCAGCAGCAGCCGCCUCCUCAGCAGCCCCCAUACCAGCAGCAGGCCUAUCCGCAGGGCCCCGGCCCCGUCGUGUCUAACGGCAUGGGCCCUCAGCCGCCGCAGAGCACCGCGUCGCCCGGCCCAGGUCGCCGAGCCAUCAACCGCCCGCCAAACGCCGUCGGGCCCGCGACCCCCCAGAUCAACACCCCCGUGCCGUAUCCCGGCAAUGCCCAGUCUCCGCAAGUGAGCCACCCGACGCCUGACCACGCUCGCAUGGGUCCCCGCGCCCCUCCCCCUCCCAUCAGCAACGCGCUGGGCGACCUCGAAGUCGAUGCCGUUGCGCCGCACAAUAAGAAGACGGGCAACGACUGGUAUGCCAUCUUCAACCCGCAGGUGCAGCGCGUCCUGGAUGUCGACCUGGUCCACUCGCUCACUCACGAGAGCGUCGUUUGCUGCGUCCGCUUCAGCCACGAUGGCAAGUAUGUCGCCACCGGCUGCAACAAGUCGGCCCAGAUCUUUGAUGUUCAGACCGGUGAGAAGGUGUGCGUUUUGGAAGACCACAGCGCCACCGACAUGGCUGCCGAUCUCUACAUUCGAAGCGUCUGCUUCAGCCCUGACGGCCGCUACCUGGCUACCGGUGCCGAAGACAAGCUGAUCCGAGUGUGGGAUAUUGCUACCCGAACCAUCCGCAACCACUUCUCGGGCCACGAACAGGACAUCUACUCGCUCGACUUUGCGCGCGACGGCCGCACCAUUGCUUCUGGCAGUGGCGACAGAACGGUUCGUCUUUGGGAUAUUGAGCAGGGCACCAACACCCUCACCCUCACCAUCGAGGACGGUGUUACCACUGUUGCCAUUUCCCCCGACACUCAGUUUGUUGCGGCCGGCUCUCUGGACAAGAGCGUUCGCGUCUGGGACAUCAUGACAGGCUACCUGGUCGAGCGGUUGGAGGGACCUGAUGGACACAAGGACUCUGUUUAUUCCGUCGCCUUCUCGCCCAACGGCAAAGACUUGGUCAGCGGCAGUCUGGACCGAACGAUUAAGAUGUGGGAGCUUAGCUCGCCUCGCGGCCCGCAGAACUCUGGCGCCAAGGGCAAGUGUGUCAAGACAUUUGAAGGUCACCGAGACUUUGUCCUGUCUGUCGCCCUGACUCCGGACGCCAACUGGGUCUUGUCCGGAUCCAAGGACCGCGGCGUCCAGUUCUGGGACCCUCGGACAGGAACAACCCAGUUGAUGCUUCAGGGUCAUAAAAACUCGGUCAUCUCAGUUGCCCCCAGCCCCCAGGGCGGCUACUUUGCCACUGGCUCCGGAGACAUGAAGGCCCGUAUUUGGUCCUAUCGCCCAUACUAG